AAAUACUACUCUAUUAUAUUACGCGCCAGGACCCGUUCAGAGUGUCUUCUGGGCAGCCGAGAGGUUUAACAGAACCCUAACCCUAGAAUUUGAAUUCUUCCCGUCACAAUUCUGAGAUCAAUCAUAUACAGUAAUGGAGUUCGUGAGCCCGGAAGGUCUUCGUUUGGAUGGACGCCGUCCAAUGGAGAUGAGACAGCUUCGAGCUAAAAUUGGUGCUGUUGACAAGGCUCAUGGCUCUGCUUAUUUUGAAAUGGGUAACACAAAAGUGAUUGCUGCAGUUUAUGGUCCGAGAGAGGUCCAGAACAGGAGUCAGCAACUGAACGAUCAGGCUCUGGUACGGUGCGAGUAUACAAUGGCCAAUUUUAGUACUGGAGACCGCAGGAGAAAACCAAAAGGGGACAGGAGAUCCACAGAAAUUUCUUUGGUCAUUCGUCAGACAAUGGAAGCGUGUAUAAUGACACAUCUAAUGCCUCGUUCGCAGAUUGAUAUAUUUGUACAAGUUCUUCAAGCUGAUGGAGGAACGAGAUCGGCAUGCAUAAACGCUGCAACUUUGGCCCUUGCAGAUGCAGGUAUCCCGAUGCAUGAUCUUGUUACAUCAUGCAGUGCAGGCUACCUUAAUAGCACCCCACUUCUUGAUCUAAAUUAUGUAGAAGAUAGUGCUGGUGGCCCUGAUGUGACGGUAGGAAUUCUACCUAAAUCUACCAAAGUGACUUUGCUGCAGAUGGAUUCCAAGUUGCCAAUGGAUAUCUUCGAAAAUGUAAUGCAACUUGCAACAGAAGGGUGCAAGGCAGUAGCAAAUUAUAUUCGUGAAGUAUUACUAGAAAAGACAAAGGAACGACAGAAAUUCCAUGGUGUAUAGCAUAAUAAGGUUAAUGAAACUUGAAGAAUUUGGCUACAGUUAUAUCAAAUUAUUCAUUGGGUUUGUCAGUGUGGGUGUGUCAUGUGUUGGGGUUACAAUAGUUGUAUUGAUGCCAUAUUAACUGUUUUCACUCUGGCUGUUCAUAAAAUGAACGCCAACAUAUUCUCUAAAGAUAUCUUUUAAAGGAUGUCAAACAAAUUGAAAGCUCAACUAUUACAGAAUUUGCAGCGUUUUAAUUUGUGAAAUUUAUGAAAGAAAAACAUAAUUGGUUUGAGGUA